AAUAGCGGGGCGCGGCCUGUGUGUGUGUGUUGAGGGAGCAGCUCUCCGCUUUACUUCACUGUAAGUUCAGCUCCGCCGAGUGUACAGGCUGAGGAGGAACACCGCUCAUGAUGGCCGGCAGACUCUGCUGUUCAGUCAUUGUUCUUCUGGCUCUUUAUGCACAAACUGAUGCAGCAAGCCAAACUGUAAACCAGGAUCUGUCUGACAUAUUCAAUGAGCUGUGGAAAUUGGAUGUCAAUCGCAUGAAGCCUGGGACAGAUUACAGGAUCUCACUGCAGGGCAAAGCUGGUUAUAUACCCAGUGGCAGCACAACCGCAACGGACCACGCUUCAGCUCCUCUCUUCUCCUAUGUGGACAUGGACAAACUAAACACCAUCACCACAUACACCCGUUUCAUGAAGUUGCUGGACAAUUAUGAAAGGUCCACUGGUGUGGCUGAAAGAGUUACUUCUGAGGAAGUAGCAGAGAAUAACGCUUUCCUGGAUGCUGUUUUAGAGUCUGCAGUCAUGAAGCGUGCUCAUCAGUAUUUAGUGAAUAAAGGCAAAUCUCAGUCUAAUCUGAGGCAGUUUAAGAGUCAGCUGUACUACAUGUGGUUUCGUCUUUAUCACAGAGAUAGAAACGGAGGGGAGGACUCCAGUGGAUUUGAGCAUGUGUUCGUUGGUGAGACCAAGUUUGGAAAAGAAAUUAUGGGCCUUCACAACUGGGUCCAGUUUUAUCUUCAGGAAAAGCAGAAUCUUCUUGAUUACAAGGGAUACAAAGCCAGGAGUAACGAUGUGCCGGACGAGGAUGACCACGUGUUAAAUGUGCAGUUCAGCUGGCAUGGUCUGGUCAAGCCUGUAGGCAGUACUUUCUUGGGUGUGAGUCCAGAGUUUGAGAUGGCUGUUUUCAGCAUACUCUUCCUCACUUCUACUGAGAAGACUACCACUGCUGUGGUUAACCUGGACGAGUACCAGCUGGAGCUGGUUGUUCACAGACACGGACGCUCCAUUGGGACAUCUUAUCCCAAACUACUGAGCAGCAACAACCGACACUUAUAGAGCAGAUAGUGCAGUUCUGUUUUACUCAUAGCUUUGUCUGUUCUUUUGCAGCUUACACUGUUUUAAAUUAGCAACCAUAAUUAGAAGAUGUGCAGCCUCUCAGUAUUGUGAAUAACAUGUUUCUGUAGAAAUCAGUACAGAACUGAGCUGCUGAGAUGUUUAUUCUUAUAUCUAAAAUGCCCUUUUAACUUUUUACAAGAAAUCUUUAGAAAUGCUUUACUUUUUGUUUUAACUGUUUUUUUUUAAACCAAGAGUGAUCUCAUAACGAGUUACUUUUUACUAAUGUACUUGUCUUAAUGCAAAUAAAGCUUUUUGACUUUGUUAA